CAGAGCACUUCCUGUGCCGUCAUCAAUAUGCGACGAAAGUAGGAGAGAGACGUGGGAGAUUCGAAGUAGCAAAACAAUGUACAGUUAUUGAAUAUCUCAGUAAACAAUGCCAGCUACGAUUAUUUAAAACGGCAAGGGAAAACACUUUAUCCGACAUGGCAACCCCCAGUAAAACGCCGCCGGGUGCCGACCCUAAACAGCUGGAGAGGACGGGGACCGUCCGAGAGAUCGGCUCCCAGGCUGUAUGGUCGCUGUCCUCCUGUAAACCAGGUUUUGGUGUGGACCAGCUGAGAGAUGAUAACUUGGAGACAUACUGGCAGUCUGAUGGAUCCCAGCCACACCUAGUCAACAUCCAGUUCAGACGGAAGACAACGGUGAAGAUGCUGUGUAUCUACGCGGAUUACAAGUCAGACGAGAGCUACACUCCCAGUAAGAUCUCUGUCAGAGUGGGCAACAACUUCCACAACCUGCAGGAGAUCCGACAGCAGUUGGAGAUGGUUGAGCCCAGUGGCUGGAUUCACAUCCCUCUGCUGGACACGGUCAACAACCCCAUCAGGACAUUUAUGAUCCAGAUCGCUGUUUUAGCCAACCACCAGAAUGGCAGAGAUACUCACAUGAGACAGAUCAAGGUCUACACCCCUGUCGAGGAGAGCUCCAUUGGCAAAUUCCCACGAUGCACCACGGUAGACUUUAUGAUGUACCGCACCAUCAGAUGACAUUUCAGUGUUCCAGGGUUCUGUGGUUUCCGAGGUUCCAAGCAGAACCUCUCAGCAUUCCGAAUCCUGGGUGCAAUCCUUCAGUUUAUAAUGUGGACCUCAUAAGGGAAUUGGAUUGCCGAGUUUUCUUUACAAUAUUUAACUGAGACGCUUUUCAUUUCCAUUAAAUAACUCCUCAAUGUGCUCUAGCCUCCGUCUUUGUCCUAAAUGUUACUGUUGCUGUUUCCACCAAAUGAGUGACAUGGACCCUUUUUGUCUGAAUAAAGUUGAUUUCUUUAGUUUGAUGAGACUGUGUUCCAGAGGCAGUGGUUCAUGCCCAGACCUAACCCUGUGCCUUCAUCUGCUAUUAAUAUGUACUGUCUGUUCAUUCAUCUGUCAGACAGUACUCUGUUCAUGCAUCUGAUGUCGGUCGGACAGUACUGUCUGUUCAUUCAUCUGAUGUUGGACAGUACUGUCUGUUCAUUCAUCUGUCAAACAGGACUGUCUGUUUAUUCAUCUGAUGUCAGACAGCACUGUUUGUUCAUUCAUCUGAUGUUGGACAGUACUGCCUGUUCAUUCAUCUGUCAAACAGGACGGUCUGUUCAUUCAUCUGAUGUCGGACAGUACUGUCUGUUCAUUCAUCUGUCAAACAGGACUGUCUGUUUAUUCAUCUGAUGUCAGACAGUACUGUCUGUUCAUUCAUCUGAUGUCGGACAGGACUGUCUGUUCAUUCAUCUGUCAAACAGGACUGUCUGUUCAUUCAUCUGAUGUCGGACAGGACUGUCUGUUCAUUCAUCUGAUGUCAGACAGUACUGUCUGUUCAUUCAUCUGUCAGCCUUAUACUAUCGUUUCAUGUGUGUAUUUUCCUUUGUUGAAUAAAAUAUGUUUUGAGUUUGA